CCUCUGGUCCACACUGUAUACUCUCCCCACCCCCGCCCACCUAGCUCUCCAGCGGAGUCCCCAACGCUCCCCUCUCUCUCUCUCUCUUCUCUCUCUCUCUCUCUCUGGAUCUCAACCAUGCAGGGCGCAGCAUUCUCCUUCUCCCCCUCCCUCUCUCUCCGCAAAGCUCGAAUCGCCUCCGCCCCCACCGCCUCCACACCUAGAUUCAGCCCCUUACCAACCCCCUCCCCUUCCCGAUCCCUCCAUUUCGCACCCAACUCUUCCCUCCGCCGAUCGCCGUCGGUUUGUUAUUCUUCGCCGAGGUUCAAUGGCUGGAUUUCGACCCCGCCGGUCGUGCCCGCCGAGCGCGAAUCUGGUGCGGUCGAGGUUAGGGCGGCGGAGAGCACCGCCGGGGAGACUGAGAAGACGAGUAGUUUGAUGAGCACGUUGCAGCUGGGGUCUCUGUUCGGGCUUUGGUACCUGUUCAAUAUAUACUUCAACAUCUACAACAAGCAGGUUUUGAAAGUAUUCCCAUUUCCAGUAACCGUCACCACAGUUCAGUUUGCCGUUGGGACUGUACUUGUUCUUUUUAUGUGGACCUCCAAUCUCUACCGACGACCAAAAAUCAGUGGUGCACAGCUUCUAGCAAUCCUGCCAUUGGCAAUGGUGCACACCUUAGGCAACCUUUUCACGAAUAUGAGCCUGGGAAAAGUUGCCGUUUCUUUCACGCACACAAUCAAAGCCAUGGAGCCAUUUUUCUCAGUUGUCCUCUCAGCUAUGUUUCUAGGGGAGAUACCCACUCCCUGGGUGGUUGCUUCUCUGAUACCAAUUGUUGGUGGAGUGGGACUGGCGUCAAUGACCGAGGCUUCUUUCAAUUGGGCUGGGUUUUGGAGUGCAAUGGCUUCUAAUUUGACCAACCAAUCACGUAACGUCCUUAGCAAAAAGUUUAUGGUUAAGAAAGAGGAAUCUUUGGACAACAUCACUCUCUUCUCAAUUAUAACGAUUAUGUCCUUAUUCUUGCUGGCUCCUGUUACUUUCUUCAUGGAAGGAGUCAAGAUCACACCUUUAUACCUGCAAGCAGCUGGACUGGAUGUCAGACAGGUUUACACCAGGUCUCUCCUUGCUGCACUCUGCUUCCAUGCAUAUCAGCAGGUUUCAUAUAUGAUAUUGCAGAGGGUAUCCCCAGUUACCCACUCUGUUGGAAAUUGCGUUAAGCGGGUGGUGGUUAUUGUCACCUCUGUUCUCUUCUUCCGGACGCCUGUUUCAUCUAUCAACUCUCUCGGCACUGGUGUGGCCCUGGCUGGAGUAUUCCUGUAUUCAAGGGUGAAGCGCAUUAAGCCAAAGCCAAAGUCAGCUUGAAGUCCUCAUUUUUGAGAAAUUUUGCUGGUAACUUGGGGGGUUAGAUUGGAGAUUCCAGAACUCGGUUGUACGUGCUUAGGUUGUUUCCCCUUCUUUUUUGUCUUUCGAACAGUUUCAUUCUUUAACUAGGUCCCCAUAAUUUUACCAGCUGCGGGUAAAAUCUUUUCUGUUGUGUUCUGCUUUGGUAGAAGUUGUUUUGGAUGUAGAAUUUACUCUACCCCUAUUUGGGAGAAUCUUUUUUCAGGAAAGGGAAACUUUAAGCAGAUAAAAA